CAAACAAGAUAAACACUUCUUUGAGGCCAUAUUUUUUUUUUAACUUUUCCUUGAAGUCAUCAAAGCUACAAUAUGUCAUUUCUUGAACAUGGAGCUAGGGCUUUGGACAAGAUUAGAUUUGAGUCAUUGACGGACAAGAGCAAGCUCGAUGGUCAGCCUGAGCUAUUCAUUCAUAUCAUUCCCGACAAGACUAACAACACCUUGACCAUUAUCGAUAAUGGGAUUGGGAUGGCUAAGGCUGGAAUCAAGGAAUUCAUGGAGGCAUUGGCUGCUAGAGCUGAUGUUAGCAUGAUUGUAUGUGUGGGAGUCUCAGGCCGGUUUUCUUCCGGUUUUGCAUCCUUGAAAGUGCCAGAUUACAACUCUAGCAAGCUGGAAGUCCAAUACUUCCAUGAUCACGCAACAGUUACAGCCGCUGCAGCCUUACAACAAAACCCUCUAAUUGAUGUAACAACCACUUUUGGCUCAUCAACUAUCUCAUUUGGUGCUGAAGCUGGGUAUGACACUACAUCUCGAACUUUCACAAAGUACAACGUCGGAAUCAGUGUCACAAAGCCAGAUCGAUGUGCCUCCAUAAUAUUGGGAGAUAAAGGAGAUUCGAUCAAAGCUUCUUAUCGUUAUCACCUAGAUGAGUCAAAGAGAAGUGCGGCAGUUGGAGAGGUUGUCAGGAAAAUCUCAACGAACGAGAACACAGUAACUGUUGGUGGAUUGUAUGCGGUUGAUCACUUGACGAAUGUUAAAGCUAAGCUGAACAGUAACGGUAAGCUUGGAGCUCUUCUGCAACAUGAGGUCCUUCCAAAAUCAAUAGUGACAAUCUCAGGUGAGAUCGAUACCAAGACAUUAGACAAGUACCCAAGGUUUGGUCUCUCUCUUGCCCUUAAACCUUGAAGAGCUACCCAUACCAAUUGUAUUUGGUUUAACAAUGGGGACUACCCUUUUUAUAUCCUACGACAUUUUUUAGAGUUGAGUUAGUUUUUUGAAUAAUCCUCGGGUAAUCUC